GCUGCGCGUGCGCGGGGCCGGCGGCGAGCGGCUGCAAUGGCGGCCAGCGGCAAGUCCUUCCUGGCCGACGCGGGCUAUGGCGAGCAGGAGCUGGACGCCAACUCCGCCCUCAUGGAGCUGGACAAAGGCCUCAGGUCUGGCAAGCUCGGGGAGCAGUGCGAAGCCGUCGUUCGUUUUCCGAGGCUCUUCCAGAAGUACCCGUUCCCCAUUCUCAUCAACUCGGCGUUCCUGAAGCUGGCCGAUGUUUUCAGAGUGGGGAACAACUUCCUGAGGCUGUGUGUGCUGAAAGUUACUCAGCAGAGCGAGAAGCACUUAGAGAAGAUCCUAAAUGUGGAUGAAUUUGUCAAGAGAGUUUUCUCAGUGAUCCAUAGCAAUGAUCCGGUUGCUCGGGCUAUUACACUCCGGAUGUUGGGCAGCAUGGCAUCUAUCAUUCCAGAAAGGAAGAAUGCACAUCACAGUAUUCGCCAGAGUCUGGAUUCCCAUGAUAAUGUGGAAGUUGAAGCUGCUAUAUUUGCUGCUGCCAACUUUUCUGCACAAUCUAAGGAUUUUGCUGUCGGAAUAUGUAAUAAAAUCAGCGAGAUGAUUCAAGGUUUGGCCACACCUGUGGACUUGAAGCUGAAGUUGAUCCCUAUUCUGCAGCACAUGCACCACGAUGCCAGCCUGGCCUCCAGCUCCCGGCAGCUUCUGCAGCAGCUGGUGACAUCCUACCCCUCCACCAAGAUGGUCAUUGUCACCCUGCACACCUUUACUCUGCUUGCUGCUUCUUCUUUGGUUGACAUUCCCAAGCAGAUUCAACUUCUGUUGCAGUACUUGAAAAAUGACCCCAGGAAGGCCGUGAAAAGGCUUGCAAUCCAGGAUUUGAGGUUAUUGGCCAACAAGACACCACAUACAUGGAGCAGAGAAAAUAUUCAGGCACUCUGUGAAUCUGCUCUUAACACUCCUUAUGAUAGCUUGAAAAUGGGCAUGUUAUCUGUUCUUUCCACGUUAUCAGGGACCAUUGCCAUUAAACAGUACUUCAGCAGUGCUCCAGGAGCAGCAGCUACAACUGCAAGGUCAUUUGAUUUGAUAAAACUAGCACAGGAGUGCUGUUACCAUAAUAACCGUGGCAUUGCAGCUCAUGGAGUGAGAAUUCUGACCAAUGUUUCAGCCUCUUGCCAGGAAAAAGAUCUUCUGCCUUUGGAGCAAGAUGCAGUUUUUGGCUUAGAAGCUCUUCUUGUUCUCUGUAGUCAAGAUGACAGCCCAGGAGCUCAGGCAACCUUAAAGAUCACGCUGACCUGCAUGGUGAAGCUGGUGAAGUGCCGCCCUCACCUGAGCCAGUCCGUGGUGGAAUCCCUGCUGGCACAGCUGCACAGUGCCCAGGACAAUGCCAGGAUCCUCAUGUGCCACUGCCUGGCAGCCAUUGCCAUGCAGCUGCCUGUCUUGGCAGAUGGGAUGCUAGGAGACCUAAUGGACCUCUAUAAAUUAAUUGGACAAUCUGCUACAGAUAAAAAGCAAGAACUCUUGGUCUCUCUUGCCACAGUGAUAUUUGUUUCCAGUCAGAAGGCUUUGUCCACAGAAAUCAAAACUGUGAUUAAACAGCAGCUUGAGAAUGCCUCCAAUGGAUGGACAGCCUACAGGAUAGCCAGGCAGGCUUCCAGGAUGGGCAACCACGACAUGGCCAGAGAACUGUACCAGAGCCUGCUGACCCAAGUGGCUUCAGAGCACUUCUACUUCUGGCUGAACAGCCUGAAGGAGUUCUCCCACGCAGAGCAGUGCCUGACAGGCCUGCAGGAGGACAACUACAGCUCCGCGCUCUCCUGCAUCGCCGAAGCCCUGAAGUCCUACCACAAAGGAAUAGCGUCGCUGACGGCUGCUAGCACGCCACUUAAUCCUCUGAGCUUUCAGUGUGGAUUUGUGAAACUCAGGAUUGACCUUCUGCAAGCUUUUUCUCAACUUAUUUGUACCUGCAACAGCCUAAAAACAAGUCCACCCCCAGCUAUUGCCACAACGAUCGCUAUGACAUCGGGAAAUGAUCUCCAGAGGUGCGGCCGCAUCUCCAACCAGAUGAAACACUCAAUGGAGGAAUUCCGAAACUUGGCGACACGGUAUGGAGAUCUCUAUCAGUCAUCUUUUGAUGCAGACUCAGCAACUCUAAGGAAUGUAGAACUACAACAGCAGAGCUGCCUGCUGAUUUCCCAUGCAAUAGAAGCUCUGAUUUUGGAUCCAGAAUCUGCAAGUUUCCAGGAAUAUAGCUCAAAUGGAACAGCUCAUGUUGAAAGUGAAUAUGAAAGAAGAAUGAUGUCUGUAUUUAAUCAUGUACUGGAGGAAGUGGAAUCCCUCAACAGGAAGUAUGCUCCUGUGUCUUACUUGCAUACAGCUUGUCUGUGCAAUGCUGUCAUUGCCUUGUUGAAGGUGCCCCUUUCAUUUCAAAGGUACUUUUUCCAAAAGCUGCAGUCUACAAGUAUUAAGCUUGCUCUAUCCCCAUCUCCAAGGAACCCAGCAGAGCCUAUAGCAGUACAGAACAACCAGCAGCUGGCCCUCAAGGUGGAAGGAGUGGUUCAGCACGGGUCUAAACCAGGCCUUUUCCGUAAAAUCCAGUCUGUCUGUCUGAAUGUCUCUUCAGUGCUGCAGAGCAAAUCUGGACAGGACUAUAAGAUUCCUAUUGACAACAUGACCAAUGAAAUGGAGCAGAGGGUGGAACCGCACAACGACUACUUCAGCACUCAGUUCCUGCUAAACUUCGUGAUCCUUGGCACCCACAACAUCACCGUGGAGUCCUCUGUGAUAGACUCAAACGGUAUUGUCUGGAAAACUGGGCCUAAAACAACUAUUUUUGUGAAGUCUCUUGAGGACCCCUACUCGCAGCAAGUUCGCCUCCAGCAGCAGCAGGGCCAGGCUCCAUCGCAGCAGCAGCAGCAGAGAAGCGCGUACUCCCGCUUCUGAGUGCCACAGUGAGCCCGGCCUGCUCAGCUGCUGUUGCAGCUUCUUUGGACACUUCUGUUUUAAAUGGUUUUUGAAGAUUUUUUUAUUACAGCCUUCUUCUAGAAAGUCUCAGAUGCCGUUUUGUUCCUUCUUAAAUUAUCUGGAGUGAAUUUGAACUCGAUUCAGCAGAGGCAGCUGGUCAAAUUUGGAAUUGUGCUCUUACUAUAAGAACUCCUACCUGAUCUCUAACUUCUGUUUACAAACCUGUUCCAGCAGGCUCCACAAACUGCAGUAGCAGGGGACACUAAGCUUGUUGACUGGUACUUUCCAUGAUGUUUUUUGAAGCACACAGGUUCUAAUGUCAGGCUUACAGGACAUUGGGAAUCACUUCCCUUUGGUUAUACAGAAAUUAGUGUAAUACCAAGUGUGUAUCUUUUAAUGUGAAGGAAUUGGCAGGAAUAUCCAGAGAUUCUUUUUCUGACAUUUUAAUAGCAAGUUCCAGUAUUUGGCUGGUGUGUGUAUGUUAUUAAAAUUCUUCAGCAGUGCUUAAUGCAUGCAGCUGGAAGGAAAAAAACUGCAGUUCAGUUGUGAUACUCCGUCACGGCAGAGGGAAAAGACUGCUUGAGGGGUUGCUGUCUGGGAAGUCGUGCAAGAGGCAGAGUUUUAAAGGUGGGAAUAAUCACUGUCUCUCAGAUGAUAUGGAAGAUAUUACCAUGUUUUUAAAUUUUCAUGUGUCUGUAUUUCUGAAACCUUUUGUUUUGUAGGGGUUUUUUUAUUUGCUCUUGUAAGAGGGAAAUUAAAAUGAAUGACAGCUUGCAAGUAAACAGCUCUGUUUUUUAAGAGGAGUCCUUUAUACCAAAACUUUGUUAUCUUAUGUGUUCUUUGACCAACUUGUGAACUUAAUUGUUAAUUCUACAAGAACUUGAAAUAUAAUUUUGCUAAUUCUAGAAAUUGAUCCAGAAUAAUUUUGGAAAUGCAUUGCUUCAUACAUAAUUUUCACACUUCCUUUGUGAUAUAAAAGGCAGAACUGUAUCCAGACUCACAGGCAGUAGAUCACAUAACAUGACCUUCACCUGGUCUUUAUAAAUAGUCUCUGCUUAUCACUCUGUAGGAAAACAGGACCCACUUGAGUGAGGAGGAGGAGGGCUGGCACUUCUUACAUUCUUCAGCUUGUUAAUCCCUCUCUUGGAGCAGAAAUGUUAUUUUCUCAACAAAAUCCCAUGAUACUGUUAUUUCUUCAAUCUGAUUUCAUUCUAGAGCUGACUGGAGUUUACAGAUUUUGCUUGGUUCAAGUGCAGAGAGUAUGAUAAUGCAUUGCUGUAAACUGAGGCUUCUUUUGCAUAGCAGGAUGAAGAAUUUUUUGCUGUGUUUUCCCAUAGUAGUUCCAAAAAAAAACCCAAACAAACUGGAAGUGACGAUGCUAGAUAUCAUACCUUGGUCAGGUUCUAAUCCUAACUAGAAAUGGGAGCUGCGAGGCAAGGUUGAAACAGAAGACACAAAAUUGGUGAAAAGUUGAGCAGCAUCCUCCAUAAAUGACUUUCCUUUUGAGCAGGAGACACAAAGUGCCACCACCUUUCAAGCUGACCAAGGAAAGUGGUGGUUUCUGUCCCACUUUUGUGGUUCCAUGCCCACAGUUUGGUGUGUGUGUGUACGUGCAGCUCUGUGUGCACACGUGCAUAUAUGUACCUGUAGCUACAGCUUGCUAAAGGGUCCAGAGAGAGGUGACUGACCUGCUGCUGUGUAUGCUUUCUGUCAGACUGAAGAUCUAAGCUCUUUGUGGUCAGUUGGGUUUUUUCAUUAAAGUCAUAGAUCAGUUCUUUACCACAAAAACCUCUGUAUUUUAAUGUAAAAAAAAAAAAAAGAUACUUAGAGGUCAAAGAGGUUUUUUUUUUAUCCUGCAUAAUGAAUGUGUGUUUCUUGCUCUUAUUGACCAAUAUGUUGGUGUAAAUCUUUGAUGGUGCCAUUCCAAAACAACUCAGAAAUUACAAGACAUUUCCAUGCUGGGGAACAAACUUUUCUCAUAAGUCAUGUGAUGUUCAGAUAGGAAAGCCCUGCUCUGGCCUGGGGCUUAACUGUCUGUGAGCUGUUGAGAUUAACUCUACUACAGCUGAAAAAAAGUGUUCCUCCUUUAAACACAUCUGCUCACCUGAUCUGAGAGACCUCUAGAACUCCAAGAGCUUGUAUCAGUUUUAAAGCAAAGCAAAUAAUACUUGAAGCCUGAGAAUCUGGAUGUUAGGAAUGGGAGAUUGCAGGGGGAGGAAAAUUGUAAUUGCUACUUUAUUGGAAAUUACCUUGUAUAGGAGGGUGGCUUGCUGUACAAAUACCUGUAUUUCUAAACUCCAAAGAGUUUCUCAUGCUGAUUCAUUUGCAGGUUAGUUCUAUGUGUGUGCUGAUCAGGAAAGGCUCUGGAUCUAUUAGUAAAUUCUUCUAUGUAAGCACAGUGUUUUAUGUUUUGUUGGAUUUGUAGUGAGGUUAUUUUUUGUGUGGGGGGAUUUUUUUUUUGUUUUCUAACAUGGUGUAUUUUUUAUUCCUAAUAAGCUGGUUCCUGUCAAACAGAAACCACGGAUUUUAUGGCAAACAAUGUCUCAAAAUAACUAAAGAGAAGUGAGGAAGAGCGUUAAAGUUACAGCAAUAUACAGAAAGCUGCUGUUGGAGCUAUCAGCAGUGAAUGUGAUCCUUGACUAUUAGUGGAAGCAGGGAGGUUAUUCUUCUUUGAGUCCUGCAUUCAGUUUCUGGUGCCUGUACUUGAAGAUGUGCAACAAAGAAUUUGGAAAGCACUUCUAAGAUACAGACUCAAAUUGCCUUAGUGUUUCUCAGUAAACAAAGCAGUAACUUGAUUACUAUGCAUAGCUGCACACUGAUAAUGGAAGACAAUUCAGAUCUGUUACACUUACUGGCAGAAGAAAGAAAAUACUCAGUGGCUAGACAUUGGUCCUGAGACAGCUGCUAAGAAUUCAAACAACAGAAGGGCUUGUGCAGACAGCUACGUCAUGUUCCGUUCCUAAUCACUGAGAUAUGCCUUCAUCUAGCUUGGAUAAAUUGUUGGGCUGAGCAGGAGGCGAUGAUGGAAUGAAGGUGCCUGGAGGUGCUGACAGUAUGUGCAGUGCAGCAUUAAGACAAUAGGUUUUGGUGCUUAGGCUCUAUAAUUUGACCUGACUUCUCCACGGAUGGUGUAGCCAGUUACUCUGGGAAGUACUUGCCGCUCUCAUUCCUGUGAACAUGUGCUCAGGCAUGUGUCCAGAAAGUGUCAUUUCUGGAUUCCUGGCUGAUCCCUUGCUCCAGGCAACGUGGAACUGAAUGCAGGGCAGGGAAGGAAUGUCCGCUGUCAGAUUCUACCUUACCCUGGAAUUUGGAGUGUAAUCUCCUGCUAAGGUCAUUCAAGUGUAUUUCAGAAGUCAUUCCCGAAGUUGCACUCGUCGUGGGUAUUCAUGGAAUCUCAGACUUCCUUUCCUAUUUUUGUUUCCUUGGAUAUGCCCUCAUUUUACCCAAGGACUGACAUGCUUUAAUAUAGCUGAAGUUUUUGUAUUUGGUAAGGGAUGUAUUUUGACUUAAAUCCUAUGAAACUGUAUGGGAAUUGCACAGGUCUAGAAGCAACUGCAAUGGUUCUUUAAACAUAUGCAUCAGCUUUUAAGAAUUAUUUUAUUUAGUGAUACCACAACUUUAGUUAGAAAUCCCACCAACCUACUGAAAGAAUUCAUACGAUUUGAAAGAAUUUUAUUGCAUUCCUAAAAAUAUCUUUUGAGUGAUAUUCAGUGUGUAUAUGCAUAGAAAGAGAGAUCUCCUACAACACAGUAUGGAGGCAUCUUGCCUUCAGUUUUGCUUCAUUUCUUUUCUGGUUUGUCAUCUUUCUGUUUUCCUAAAGUGCUUGCUGUGUCCUUGAUCAGCAUAUUUACACACAUGUCCUUUUAGUUCCUGACAGCUUCUUCUCUGAACAAUCUGUUCUAUUUGUGGCAGUAAAGGUGUACUCAGGUGUCUGCACUGUGCAAACAAAGGCAGCAGGGGGGGAAAAUAGAGGGUAGAGGGGGGCAACUUAGGAGCCCUGCCAGCUCUCAAAGCAGUUCUGAGUUGAGUAAAGCCCAAGAACUGGUAGUUCUCUCUGCUUGACUGCUGCAGUUCUGUGUCCAGCACUAUGGGAGCUGCUCUUGCUUCACACACAUAGGUGCCUCCAAGGACACAACCUGAGAUGCUAAGCAAAAGCAGACUUAGCCAGAACCUUGCCAUUUUCACCUCCAGAGCAGAGAGAGUGACUGAGACAAAAGCACUUCUUGAAAUCAAAAGAAAACAGAGUUGCAUGCUUUUCUUGCGAGGCACGUUAUGCAGUGUUGCAGUUACCCUCUCCUCCCCCUGUCAAUCUUUAAGCCAGGUGCUGUUUUGUGUCACCAGGAAACCAACCUAUCUAUCUUAGUGACCCCUGAUAGUUGCUGCGUUGUUUGUACUCCAAGGAACAUCUCUCUGCCAAACAGCAGCUGCUCAAACUCACUCCUGAAGUCACAGAUUGCUGCAUUUCAGUGAUCAGUCAUCCCUGGUCUGCACUUCAGAAGGUUGCUCUACUCUGCUGAUUGUUAGCUGAGAAAUAUGAAGCAUUUCUUUGGUGUUCUUAUUUGCUUUCAGGAUAUGGUCUUUAUCUCUUGCUUGCACACCUCCAAGUGAUGUUGUCAAAAUUAGGGACAGCUUAGUUGUAUGUUUAUGAAGUUUGCACUUAGCCUCAGCCUCCUGACCCGAGGAUCUUAGAUAAGGUAAGAGCAGCAUUCAGUGAAUUUUGAGAGGAAAGUCUUUCUGAGGUUAGAAAGAGCCUGUAACAAUGCCUUGAACACUUUCUAGUCGCUGGACACCUAACUGUAGUAAAAAGCUGAUUUUUCUUUUUACCAGUGACCCAGUAGAGCAGUCAAGGAGAUACUGAAACUGUUUUAUUUUAUAGAUGAUAAAAAACUUUGGCCAUAGCUACUUCACAGUCUUAAAAAUCGUUCUUUUUCCCUAUAGAUAAGGACUCUUAUAUUCACAUUCCCUCAGAUAUGAUUGUGGAGUUCUCCAGAAGUCUUUUAAAACUUUGAUUACUAAAAGCAAUUGUUUGUAAGGUUUUUUUAGGGGUAUCAAUGGUGACUACAAAGCUCCAAGGAGGAUAGGGUAAAAUAGGACUUGUGUGGGUUGGCUGAUUUAAAAUACCUUCGCUCAGCAUUUUAAGUAUGUGGCUUGCUGGCAAUCCAUUUUACAGAGCCUGUCCUUGCUUCCCAGAAGCUCUAAAUUUAGGAAUGCAGUUAAUGUGAAAUUAAGAGCUGUCCGUGCUUAACACACAGCUAACCAUGGAGAAAACCCAAGGAGUAGCAGUUGAGCUGGAAGAGACUGGGAUAAAUAUAAACUGAGUGUGAUGUGGAUGGACUCUGCCAAACAUGGUGGGUGAAUCUUCAGGGUACAGUUUCAUGCUUCACUUGACACCGUCUAGGUGUGUGACAGUGCUGAAAAGGGACUCUCUCUUGUGCUUAUUCCUGACGCCAGCUUUGCUCUUUGGAUCACGAGUUUAUCCACUUAAAACAGUUCCAGUUGGCUUGAGUGUUUUUUCUGCAGGUUUGUCUUGUCUGACUGUAGAGUGAGUUGGUCAAUGCAGUCGGUACCAGGCAGGAGCUGGGGAAGCGUGUGCUGGAUCCUGGAAGUGCUAGUGAACUGCUGGACUGGCUGACUGUGCACCUGCAGUGUAUUUCUGUGUUUAACAGGAGUCUGGAGGAAACUGAGUUCAUGUGCAUCUGAACUGUGGCUUUUCUGCCUGGGCAGCUGGAGAGGGCAGAGAGCACUGCAGAGUUCCCAGCAGCUGCUCUGAGUCACCGCCCAGAGUGAGUGAGGUGACAGAAGGACAGGAAGGAAGGAAUGCCCUUUGGAGCAGGGGCUGGGGCCAAGCCUGUGUGUCAGUCUCUGCUCUGCAGCAGGUGAGGCAUGCUUGAGUAUGUCCUGAUUUGCCAGCAGUGCAUGUGGGCAGCAGCUCACAGUGGUGAGCCAUGACGGCUUCUGACUCGCCUUGUUUCACAAAGUCCCAAGGUGUGCAGAGGUCUGAUUGCAGGUUAUACCAGUGACGUUCCUACAUGAACAUUUACAAAUUCUGGCUAAAGCUAGGCUUGUAUCCCUUAGCCUGAAAUCCACUGGCACUAGUUCCAUGGGUACAUGUUUGCAGAAGUUGGUCCGUGCAAAUGGCAGUGUCCAAACCAGAUCGUUGAGUGAAGUGGAUGGAGACCUUUCAGAGCUGGUCACCCACUGCAGACACAGGGGAAAUUUCAGGAGUUGUAAUAAUUGACAAAUGUCUGACCUCUUCAGAAGGUCUCUCCCUCAUUCCACAAGGGAGGAGCAAAAGCAAUUGUAAUUAAUUAGGCUAAUUAUUGCUACUCAUCAGUGAAGCUGAUAUAUGUGAGCAGUGAGCUGAUCCUCCCACCAAUGUACAAACUCUAAUAGUUUAUUUCCUUUAUCACUGUCUGUCACCUGUAGUGAAUUGAUGCGCAUUUUCACCCUUGCAGAGGAAAAGGUUUUCCUGACAGCAGUCUGUGUCAUGUGAGAGAGAUGCAGGAGAUUUCCUUGAUUCUCCUUGUUGUAAGGGUUUAAGUUUCAGUGUAGACCAAAUCUUUGUGGGUUGGGCAGGAAUUUCUGAGAGUAUUAAUCCUGACUACAUCUGGGUAGUACUAGCUACAUCCUAGAUGCACUGGAGAGAUUUGUAUUUGUUAGUGUGUGUAAAUUAGGUCAAGAACAAAAAUAUACACUGAUUUUCAUUUUUGGGGGAGUGGGGCAAUAAAGAUGAACCAGAGGAAUAGCUUGAAGGCUGUAUGUUUAGUUGUAUUUCAGCCUGACCCUAAAAAAGCACCCAAUUGUGUUGGUUUUCCUAUUUAAAACAAAACAAAACCAUAUAAUGACAAUAACAACAGCCCUCAAACCCCCAGUUUUGUUUUGCUGUUCAGAGCUUUAGGAAUUGACUACAGUCAUAGAAAAUACUGUCCUGUUUUGUGGAGGAGUAUUUUUUCUUUUUGUAUAGGAAAAAGGAGGACACAACCCCCAUGACUCUUAACUGUGUUGCAAUGCCUCCAGUAGCUCAAUUUGGCAAGAUAACAAAACCAGUGCGGAAUUUAAAAGGUAAUUAAUGCUUUUGAGAAAAAAUAUUUUUAAAUGCCAUGCUGAUGAAUCAGUCUUUUAUUUUUUGUAAUUGAACCUUUAUUCAACAAAACCCGGCGUUGCAGAUCAGGUACUCAUGUUCUGGUCUGCCCUUUAGUGAUGUGAGUGUACUAAAUGGCAGAUGGGGAUGUUGAUGAUUCACUGAAUAUAUUUAUGUGUCAACACUACCUCACCCGAAAACAGCUUACCCAGAGGGAUAUGGAACUUAAAAUUUGUUUUCAGUGAAGCCUGCUCUGUAGUACAAAUACGGUGAGCUCUUGCUGUGAGAAGACAGAUGGGAGAGCCCUCUGUGAUGCCUGCCUGAUCACCUGAGAUGUGCCUUUCUGCUGCUCUUUGUGCUCUCUGGGCACUGCCCUUGCAGUCAUGGCUAAUAACAGCACCUGCAGGCUGUGCUGGUUUCGGACAUCCGCUGCCGAGUCAGCCUCUGUUCACCUCUGAUGUGGUUUGUCUGACUUGGGAGUUCUCACCUGUGUGUGACCACGUAUCUCCUCCUGGCAGAGAUGAAAAUAUUCUCUGCUAUGGAAGACUGCUGGGAGCUUGACAUCCUCUUCCUGCUGUAAAUCUUUGACCACUUCCAGCAGCUCUAAGGCAGCCCAGGGAGAAGUUGGCAUUGACCACCUCAAAUACCCUGCUAUGCAAUCUGAAUAAAUUUGAAAAAUGUCACUUUUAAUCUCUUGAGCUU